AGUGCGUGGUCAAGUUGCACUGUGUACACACACAGGUGAUAUAAAGAGUCCUUGCAGUGCCAGAGCGCUCAUUAUACCCUCACAAUGGGGAGCUUCACUCCAUUCCUAUGGAUCUUUAUACUCUUUGCUUUGCCUCAGUCAUUUGAGGGCGCUGUCGUCCGGCUGGAAGGCGUGGAGCGCUACGAGGUGGUGAGACCGAUCAGGCUGCAUGAAUUACACAAGAGAGACACGCAGAGGCACCGUCCGAGUAUUCUCCGGUACGGGCUGACGGUAGAAGGGGAACACGUCGAGCUGCAUCUCGAAACGAACGAGGAUUUGCUCGCCAAGGACUACGUUGAAACGCGCUACACCGAGGAUGGCGAGAAAGUAACGACAGUCCCUCAAGACCUGGAUCACUGUUAUUACCAUGGGCGCAUACACAACGACAGUGGCUCCUCAGCGAGCAUUAGCACCUGCAUGGGAAUCAGGGGAUUCUUCAAGACUCGCGGCCGGCGCUAUUUAAUCGAGCCUCUAUCAGAGCAGGCUGGGGAUACGGAUGAACACGCCGUGUACCGAUACGAGAGUCUGGAGCAGGUGCCGGCUGUCUGUGGGGUCACCAACACGUCCUGGGACGACACGUAUCCCAAAACCAGUACGGUGCGCUCCAGAGCCUCGGGGAGAGCGCUUACACAAGAUUUCAAAUACAUUGAGCUGUUUAUUGUUGCUGAUAAUUUAGAGUACAAGAAAAUGAAGAGCAGCUUUGAUGCAGUUCGCUCUCGGGUGUUUGAAGUGCUCAACUUCAUCAACGUGGUGUACAAGCCCCUCAAAACCUUUGUGGCUCUAGUUGGGUUGGAGGUCUGGACCGACACUGACAAGAUACAAGUGACAGCACCCGCCGGACAGACCCUGGACGCGUUUACCACAUGGAGAAACGCUGAGCUGGUCAAGACCAGGAAGCACGACAACGCUCAGCUGCUGACAGCAAUUGACUUUGAGGGCGCCACAGUAGGACUUGCCUUUGUAGCGACGUUGUGUUCAGGACACUCCACUGGGGUUAUUCAGGAUCACAGCACAAGUUCAAUCGCUGUUGGGGCCACGAUGGCCCACGAGAUGGGCCACAACUUAGGCAUGAGCCACGACUCUUCAGCCUGUGUCUGCAGUGACUCCUCUUGCAUUAUGGCUCCAGCUCUUAGUUACACCACUCCCAAAUUAUUCAGCAGCUGCAGUUUCCAGAACUAUCACGACUUCCUUACCCAGAGAAACCCUGAGUGUUUGUUGGAUAAACCUGACAAGAAGGAUCUCCUCACAGACCCAGUGUGCGGCAACAGAUUCAUCGAGCAUGGAGAGCAGUGUGACUGUGGCACCGUGGAGGAGUGUACAAACCAGUGCUGUGAUGCUAAAACCUGCAUGCUAGCGAAGGAAGCCCAGUGCGCUGAGGGACCUUGCUGUGAGAACUGUAAGAUCAUGUCGGUUGGAAUAGAGUGCCGGAAAAGCAAAGACGACUGCGAUCUCCCAGAGUUCUGCACUGGAGACUCUAACCAGUGUCCUGAGGACGUGUUCACAGUCAACGGAGCACCAUGCCAGAACGGGCAAGGCUAUUGCUACAAUGGGGAAUGUCCCACAUUAGCGAAUCAAUGCAGAAGCCUGUGGGGAUCAGGUGCUGUGGUGGGCGAAGAUAAAUGCUUUGAUCGCAACACUCAAGGAACAUACUAUGAAUUCUGUAAACGAACACCAACUGGUGAUUAUGUUGGCUGCCAGAAAAAGGACGUGAAGUGUGGAAAGCUGUUUUGUAGUGGGGGAAACUACAACCCUAACUCGGGGACUGGGCUAAUGUUCUGGAACUGCAAAACCAGCUUCUUCAGAAACAAGGACGAGGAGGACAAAGGACUGGUGCAAAAAGGUGUCAAAUGUGGGGAUGGACAGGUUUGCAGUGGUGGUGAAUGCAAUGAUAUACAGUCUGUUUACAGGUCUGCUAACUGCUCUGCCAAGUGCUCAGGACAUGCGCAAUGUAACCACAAACUGGAGUGUCAGUGUGAGCCAGGGUGGUUUACCUCCAGUUGUCAUACUCAGAAUCCCACAGGCCUGUCAAAAGGCACUAUUAUUGGCAUCGUGGUCUCUGUCUGCUGUCUGCUCCUCAUCCUUUUCAUUGGAGUACUCGCAGCGGUACUCUUUAUCAAGAAGAAGAAACAGACGCGACUCCACAGGCCCCCUUCUAGCAGACAGGUAUCCGGACUUUCAAACCCCAGCUUUUCACAACAUCCUCAGAAACCGGCCCCGUCUCAAGGACAGUACAGCAGCAUGUAUCCCUCACGGGCUGCCCCUCCCGCCCCUCACUCUGCAUUUAAACCAGGCCCCACCCCCUCAGCACCCCCCUCAAACACCAGACCCUCCGCUCCCCCUCCUGCAGUGCCAGUGUUCAACACUAGACAGUCUCCAGCUCUCCCUUCUGCCGCCAAACCAACCGGGCAGGUGACCGCGAAGCCCACCGCACCUCCGAUCCCCAGCUCUAAACCAGCCGUCUCCCUGGCUAAUGUGAGAGCUGGUCUGAAACCUGUGAAUAAUCCAAGAGUCUAGGACAGGAUUGGAAGGUGGGCAAGGAGGACAGCUUCAGCUCGCCACUUUUGAUUAAGACUGGACCACAUAAUCUACGGGGAUGAUCUAGAGACUUAAGUUGGACAAAAUAAUUGAAACACCCAUCAUAACACUGUCAAUAGGGUGCAGGUCUGUAAGGUGUUUAGAUGGCUUAAUGGGAGUUGGGUAGGGAGCUCUGUCAUCACAUUUGAGACUCGCUCGGGAAACAUUAGGAAUUGGGUGCAGUUUACUCGUGGAAGCACCUACCAACUGAGCUCCUACUAUCAGCCUUACAGUCACACGGGAAUGAACAGAAAAUGAGACCUGGUGUGUGUGGUUUGGGGGGAUGACUUGAACUGUAUAUCUGUUCAUACAAUAUGUAUCUAUUUAUAUAACAUUCAGUGUGUUCACAUGCAUGACGUAUUCUGAGUCCUGCACACAUUAGCCCCGUGCAGGGACUGAAUUACUGACCCAGCCCACUUUAACAGGAGUGUUUUGAACGUGUGUCCCAAAUGUAUUCAUUACAAUAAGUGAACUGAACACAGACAAUCCCAGCUUCCUUCCAAUAAACUGCCAACUGUCUCAUAACCAUCUCCUGCUGGAAUAUCUGUGGCCGAUACUUCUGUGAGGGAGACUUCGAUCACAUGCUACAAAUACAGCCCCACUUAUAACAGUCAGUCCUUUUCUAUUUUGUACAGCAGCAUCAACCUGUCUUCUGCAGAAACACAAGCUGUUUAUUUGUAACUGAUUGACAACAUUUAAGCGAACCAUUUCUUUUAAACUGCACACCCAAACUCAUAAGAAAUUGAAUACCCAAUAUCUAGUGUAGACAAGCUUCAAUUCCUUCAGUUGCAAUCAGUGAAAUACUGUGUUACCUGCAUGCUUACACAAUGCAUCCCUCCUGGCUGCGGUAACACAGACACUGCGCUGUGUUAUUAGCAAGGCACGGAGUCCCCAAGUCCAGAGCCAUGUUACCCAAUCACAAGUUUCCUGAGUCCCUGACGUCAGAGACGAUGGGUCUCCCACACCACAGGGACAGUGAAGGGCAGGUAUUUGGAAUACGCUGGUUACUAAUGUUCCACAACAUAGCUCAAUGCUCCACGUCUCUUAUGCUGCUUACCUUAUUGUAAAUAUCUUGUUUUCAGGACUUAUUCUGAAAACAGAGUUUGGUAAUGGAAUACGAGCCUGCGUGUAAACAUACUGACUGGGCACUUUAUAUACAUUUUGUAAAAAGAUGUUACAUUUUAUUAACGUGUACUGUCCACACUGGUGUUGCCGUCGAAUCAUUAGAUGUCCACUCUGUCUAAGAGAAAUCGAGUCACGCGUGGUUUUAUUGGGUAUUUGGGGCAUUCCUGGUUCGAUUUGUGUUUAACAGACUACUUCAAACCAAAAAAAAUAAAUCAGAUUACAAGACAUGAAUAUGUGGUGUUUUAACACAAUGUACUGCGCUCAGUAUGAAAUUGUAUCGAACACUAUUUAUUAGACAAGGCCAUUUAAAAACAAAAGUACUGUGAGAAUAUAGCCAGACCGAGAGUGCCAUUGUUGACCACUUUAUUUACUGUUUAUUUGACCAAGGAAAUAACAGGUUUUGUUUUGCACCAUUU